UCCAAUUUUACUAGGUUGAGCCAUGAACGGUUGAACCCAAAGGAAAAUAACAAAAGCUAGCUAUACCCAUUCCAUUCCUAUUCGGCUAUUCCCACUCUAUCUCCUUUCCCCUUCUUCUUCUUCUUCUUCUUCUUCUUCUUCUCCUCUCUAUUCAAUUCUACAUAUACCCUUCUUUGGCCUUGGAAGAUGAGAAGAAGUUCAAUGGCUGCGUCCAGUGUUGCUGUUUUGGUCUCACUGCCUGUGUUGUUGCUGCUUGUUGGGCCAUCAAUGGGCUCCAGUCGAUUCCCGUCCAGUCUAAUCGCCCAACCCGAGCCGGGCAUGUGUGGCACUGUGGUUUCAGUACACGGUUACAAAUGCGAGGAGUACGAGGCCACCACUGAUGAUGGGUAUAUCUUGAGCGUGCAACGAAUACCUCAAGGACGCCACGGCGGCGGCGGCGGCGGCAGGCCACUCCGACCACCGCCUGUCUUGUUGCAACAUGGUGUUCUUGUGGAUGGAACGACGUGGCUGUUGAACUCACCGGAACAAUCACUGGCGAUGAUCCUGGCAGAUAACGGGUUUGAUGUGUGGAUUUCGAACAUCAGAGGAACCCGAUACAGCAGAAGACAUGUGAGCCUUGAUGCUAAUACUGACCCUGAUUACUGGAACUGGACAUGGGAUGAUUUAGUGGUUCAUGACUUGCCAGCUGUUGUAGAUCUUGUGUUUAGAACAACUGGUCAAAAGGUUCAUUACAUUGGCCAUUCAAUGGGGACAUUGAUGGCUUUGGCAUCCUUCUCAGAAGGCAGGCUAGUAGACAAGGUAAAGUCUGCAGCUUUGCUAAGCCCAAUUGCUUACUUGAGCCAUAUGACCACUGAGCUUGGUCUCAUGGCUGCCAGAGCUUUUGUGGGUGAGAUCACUACAAUCUUUGGACUUGCAGAGUUUAAUCCUAAAGGUGAGCCAGUAUCCCAAUUUCUGAAGGCUCUGUGUGCUCAACCAGGGGUAGACUGCUUCGACUUGAUGAGUGCACUCACUGGGAAGAACUGCUGUCUUAAUUCCUCUACUGUUGAGCUGUUCUUGAAGUAUGAGCCUCAAUCAACAUCUACUAAGAACCUUGUGCAUUUGGCUCAGACUGUUCGUGAUGGCGUUCUGGCGAAAUAUGACUACGGGAAUAACGACUUCAAUCUGGCACACUAUGGUGAAGCAAGGCCUCCUAGGUAUAACCUCACCAACAUUCCUCGUGAUAUUCCCAUGUUCAUAAGCUAUGGAGGUGAGGAUGCGUUAUCGGACGUUAAGGAUGUGGAGAGUCUGCUUGAUUAUCUCAAGUUUCAUGAUGUUCUUAAGCUGCAUGUUCAGUACAUUAAGGAUUAUGCCCAUGCAGACUUCAUCAUUGGGAUAACUGCCAAGGAUGUGGUGUAUAACCAGAUCAUAAACUUUUUCACAAAUCUGCACUGAAUUCAAGUCUGCAUAUUAUAUAUUAAUACAUCCCUCCCUUCUUGCUGCUACUAUACACCACUUUGUCCUUUUUAUUAGUUACCACUUACCAUCCAUAAAAAUGAAACUAUUAUAUUGGCAGA